CAAGGCCCAAAAUAUGAAGAAGAAGGCCCGAAGGAGGCCUCCUCGCUGCGCCGAAUGCCCAAACGCACACACGGGCCGCCUGUCCGCUCUCCUGUCCUCCGCCGGCCGCCGCCCUUGACCGGAGCGCUGUGGCCCCCACGCCGUCCUGCCCGGUCUGCCCCCGCCGCUUCGCACAACCGUGCCCUGCCGCCGUUCCCCGGCCCCUCGGCAGCCCGCCUUCGCGCCGGUCAUUUUUGGCCCCGUCCGCCGGGCUCCUGCCGUCGUGCCACCUGGUACCAGGACCGCCGCCCUGCUACCGCCGGCCAGGCACCGACAUCCGACGCCGAGGGCACGCUGCUCGCCUCCGUUGCCGCUGGUUGAGCAUUGCGUUUAAAUUCUAUGUACAUCCAUCCACGACCUAGACAUGGCAGCUACCAAGCCCGGGGCGGCCGCCAUGGCGCAAUGUCAGGAGGGGUCGGCGGAGGAGCAUCGGCUGCGGGCGGCGCUGCGCCACCUGCAAGCGGAGGCCGGAGUGCUUGAGCGCCUGGUCUACAAGCACCGGAACCAGCACCGCGGUGCCGCCUACUUCCAGUACCUCCUCAAGGUGCGGAGGGACCUGAAGCUGUUGCUUGGUGCCAAUCUUGCAGAGGUCAUCAACGCCGUGUUCCCGGUCAUCACCUGUCGUAAGCCGGCCAACACCAUUCUUGUUCCGAACAGGCAGGGUAAGAGGAAGCCUGGUGCAAACCAUAGCCACUAUAAGAGGCUUUUGGGGGUUGCCCGUUUGCUGUCCCAGAUGGCUGAACCUGUUAUGAAGGGAGCAGUGUAUCCUUUUUUUUGUUUUGUUGUUUUCUUAGCAGAAAUAAAACAAGGUGUACACCCACACUUUGCUUGCCCCCGAAAAGGAAACAAAUCUCGUAGUAACUUUCAUUCGGAGUUGAUUGCUACCUAUCCAAAGUUCCUUAAUCCAUACUACAGUCAGAUCAGCUUUUUACUUGCUAAAUCUUUCUUCGUAGAACUUUGCACUGCAGUGCUUGCUUUGCUUGCACGAGUGAGGGUCCUGACUCAACAGAUGUUACUUGAUGUUGUAUCAGUAUACAACAAGGUUACUGAUCUUACGGAUAAAAAGCAGGCUGUUAAGAUCAGUAUUGAUAAAGUGCAGGCUUUCAGAGAGUACUACCCCUCGAGCAACGAUCCCAGUACUAUCCUGGAGUGUGUAUGGGUGAAAGAUAAAUUUGUUUUGCAUGAAAAGACCAAAGCUAGCAGUCAGAAAACCCAAGAUGAGGAUAUGAAGUCGUGCACUCCAGAUUCAUCAAUCCAGUAUGAGACCCUUGGACUUGUUAGUGAAGAGAUGGAAGACCUUGAUGGAGCAAACACCCCAGCCAAGCAACAUCAUACUUCUCUGGCUGACCACCCAGAUGAAGCCACCCAUUGCGGCGAUGCUGGAGAUUCUCACAGUGGGAGGCAACUACCAAACGAUCAACACACUCCGGGUUCUCUUCUUGGCACGCCCGCUGCUGCGCCGACUCCACGCAGAGAUGUCAAGCCUGAUACGAGGAAGAGAGUGGCAUUCAUCGCGGUGGGGAAGACAAAAGUAACUGUGACACCGCCUGAAACAUCAUCAUCCGUAGUUGCCAAGAAGCAAAGAGUGGACACGAUUUCACAGACCGCUGCAGAUCCUGCUUUGUAACUCUGAAAGAAUAACCGGGUCGGCCUGAUCAGUGUGUUCUCGAUGCUUUGUUGCAUUCUUACCGCAUCUCGUUUCGGUACCAAGAGAUUGUUCUUGUUUCACCAAGCACCACGUGACAUACCAGAUAAUUGAUGAGGUUUAGGCCAAGAAGCGAGCGUCUCAGGCGCUACGGGUCAUUAAUUAUUUGACCACAAUCA